GUAUUUUUGAUAAAAUACCAACAUUCACGCAACGCAGCGAACGAUUAUAAAACCGCUAAGAGCGAGCAGACGUGCUAAAUACCAUCGCUGAACACACUGGAGAAUUGCAGUCAUAUCCCAUUCUGGCAUUGUUGAAAACAAAAAGAGAAUCUUGAGACAAAGCAAUUCUAUUGAAACUCAGCCAACAUGACGAUCACCAUGCUAACGUUUCUUGUCGCUGCGCUAUCGGCAACACAGCUAACCGCCGCCUUUCCGACAACAACAACGACUCCGGUGACAACGCAAACAACCACUACCGACGUCUCGAGGACGGAACCACUGAUUGAGUUACCGACGGCACAAGAGAAACGCAAACCGUGUCCGAAACGGAAAGAAAAAAUUCUACCGCCAUCAUCUUUCUACGCAGUGCGCAGGCUUUACUCAGAGCAUAAAUUCGUCAUUAUGAUUGACAGGAAAGGUGCUGUCAGGGGAACAACGGAUAUCUACAGCAGAUAUGCCCUAAUGAAAAUCGAGACGGCGGGCCUGAAUGGACUUUUCCGCGCGAAGGCAAUCGCAACAAACCUAUAUUUGUCCAUGGACAGUAGAGGAAGACUAUACACAACGAGAAAUCGCACUGAGGAAAAUGUGUUCAGAAAGAAGGACUCUCCGUCCCAUGGCUGGUUCACAUACGAAAGCUACAAAUAUUGCGAUAUGUACAUCGGCUUCAAGAGAAACCACCAUCCGAGGCUGGGCUUCAAAGUCAAACCCGGAAAACACACAGCCCAUUUCUUAGAAAUUUAGCGGAUUUCCAAAAGACGUAGACACAGAGUCAGCAGAGCCCCGUGGUAAUCCACGCGCGCGCAAGCGUUCCAGGACGCAGUUCGGUAUUGUCCUGACAAGCAUUCAUUAUUGGACAAUAUUAGGUUGCCUGCAAAACGGCUAAUUAAAAUGCAGGAGUUUGGAAAUUCUUGGGUCAACGAGCCUGGUUAUAGAUCAUCUAGUAAUUGCCAAAAUAGCAAAACUCCAUCAACAACAGCUUUUUAAAAGUUUUUCGUUCAUCGAAUGCCCUAUUUAACUUGUAAAUAAUAUUAUGAAAGGGGCGAGAGGCAGAUUAUAUACCAUUACGGUGGAAUCGCACAGAAAGAGAAUCUAAAGUAAAAUUGUAUGUAUAAAGUAUGGUAGCAGAUCGCCAAUUUACGUAGCUGUAGAUGCGUAGUCAUAUAAUAAGUAUGUCAAAAGUAUUUAGUUAUUGAGAGCAGAACUUUUUAACAUAUAAACUCGCCCGUUUAGAGAAAAACAUGAGUCCAAAUGAUCACAUAGUUAUCGCUACAACACUACUAAAAUGUUUAUAGAAUUACUGGAGUGUAUUAGAUAUGAUUCUACAGAAUCACCCUUAAAAUAAUUGAAUUAAAACGCAGAAAAUACGAGCCA